UUAAAUAAUUCUUUGAAAAAAAACUAUUUUUUUUAAAGGGCUGUCCAUUUACUGUGAUCUUUGGGGCUGAGAAGGUUUUAUUGGCUAAGAUGCUACAGAAAGAUCACUUACAAAGACUGCAUCACGAAUGAAGAUAUUAGAAACAAGAUUUAUACAGCUAUUGGACCCCCAUGAUGACCUGCUAACCACUGUCAAAAAAAUGUAAAAUCAAACUCUUUGGCCAUAUCACUAGGUCCUCUGGGCUCACAAAGACCUUCCUUUAGGGAACAGUACCAGGAAAAAGAAGAAGAGGAAGACAGUGGAAGCGAUGGGAAGACAACGUAAAAGAAUGGACAUUCCUGUCAUUGAAGAAAGUCUAUCCAAGGCAAAGGACAGAAAGGAAUGGAGAAAGAUGGUUGAUAGAUCUUUAGCAGUUCAAGGGACUAAAGGUUAGUGCGGGAUAGUAUAAAAGUGAUGUACUACAUGCUUUCUUAAAACAGUUGAGUGUACAUUUGACCAGUGGUCAGUACCAUAUCUCUGUCUAUGUGACAGCUGAAGAUCUUUGUGGUCUGUCGUCUAAUUAUUUUAUUAUUCUGUACCUGGGACGGCCUGUAAGUUUGCUAUUAUUACUGCUGUUUUAACUGGUGAAUGUAACUGCCGGAUAUAGAUCUAGCUGCUGUGUUACUGCUGAAAUACACGCUGCUAUUACUCUGCUGUGCUAUAACUGCUAUUACUCUGCAUUAUCAUGAAGAAAAGAAAAUGAUUUUCAUAAAAAAAUGGCAACUCUUCGUUAAAUGGCUACUGUUUCUCAUAACAAUUUUCCUUCUUUGGCACAUUGUCCAGCAUUUUUUAAAGAUAGCUUCUGGUAAUAGUUAUAACAGUUACAGUCAAAAUGAUAAAGUAGAUCUUGAUCACUGGAGUCUGAAUAAUGCGGAUUUUGAAUGGCUACCUAAUAUCAUGAAAUCUAAGUCAGAUGUGUUACCUAUUGUUGUAGUAGAGGAACAUUAUGAAGUUUUGAAGUACUGGUUUCAGGCUGCAGAAAUUGGCUUGAUUUCGAAAUCAAGAAAUAUACUGAUUCACAUAGAUAGUCAUGUUGAUGGAGCCAUCCCAUAUGACACUGAACAUAUUCCAUGGUUUCGUUUCCCUGUCAAUAGAAAGGAAGUCCAUAAUAUGAUGCAGAGAAAUGAUAUGUUUAUUGUGGCUGCAACUUUGACAGGGUUAGUAGAUCAUGUAGUUUGGGUCUGGCCUGGAUGGGAUGCUACUAAUCAUGAAUCAGACUGGAGUCAUAUUAUAUUUGAUAUUCAAUUUGGUUACUUAAAAGUUAAAGGUGACCCAGGAAUAGACAUUUAUAAGAAUGACUUGUGUGCAUGUUGGAAAGUUCUAAAUGAUUCUCUAAAAACUAGGAUGGACACAUCAAAAAAGGAAACAUGGUCAUGUCACAGAAGAAACUUUACGGAAAUUGAAGCACAGGAUGGGCCUAUGAUAAGUUAUAAUGAAUGCAUGAUUCAGGCUACUGCAGUCUUUGAAGUCAUGAGUGAAACUAAAGCAUCAACUCAGCUGCUAAAAAUGUAUCCAGCUUUUGUGUCUGCUGGUGUCAUAUUGGAUAUUGAUGAAGAUUUUUUUGGUUGUUGGAGUGAUAUGUUUGCUUUUCAAAAACUUGGAACACUACAAAAAAGUAUUGAUCUUCUCUCAGAGUUGGUAGCUGAUGUGCUCUGUGCUGAGUCUGUUAUUGAUGAACAAACAGCUGACAAGUUCUACACAUCUUUAGUUAACUUGGUGAUUGUUUUAAAAUCUCAGAGCUGUGACUUAAGUACUGCACACACGAACAAAUUGGGCAAACCUUGUAAAAAAAACAUUGAGAUCAACAAUUUUCUAAUUGAGAGUAUUCCCAUGUUAAUUGGUUUCCUUAGUGAUCAAGGUGAAGGGCAUCUACUCUGUCAUGAAGAACCAAAGCUUCAAGGACUGUCUUUGCAAAGUAUGGUGCAGCUGCUCUUUAACUUUUCUAUAAAAGAGCUUCAAAUUUUAUCUGACAUUGGUAUCUGCUUUCAAGUGUCACCAUCUUCAGUGUAUUUUGAAAACAAUGGGAAUUUACAUGUUUGCCAUGGUGAAAAUACACCAGAGAGAUCAGAAGUUUCUUUUCAUUACCCAUCAACAACAGAAAUAUUUUCUCAGAAUGUCACUUUAAGAAGGAUUCUAUCUUCUGUCUUUAGGAAACCUGAUAUAAUUACAUUAUGCAGAUCAGUAAGAGAUGGGUAUACCCCAAAACAGUUGCACACAGUCAUAGAGAAAAACAUACUGAAAACCAUUUCAAAUGCCUAUAGAAGUGCUGAUAUUGAAAAAGUGCAUUUUGACAAUAAUUUACUUGGCGGUAGAACAGGAUGGCAUCAACGGAAGAGAGAUUGGGUAGAUAAACUUUUAGAAUAUAUUUCUAUUGAUUAUGUAGAUAAACAUAAUAUAUGACCAUUUUAUCAUGAUGAUAUUCUUGUAUUUUCUAAUCUAUGGGCUGGAAAGAAUUCCUUGCUUGCCUACUGCCAACCCCUCUUUACCCCCCACUUUCACGCAAACACUUUCCGUACUCAUUUUAGUCAUCAUUGCAGAAACAAAAAAGGACAACAAUGUGACUUCCGACCCCAUAUUGUCAAUGCUACAAAAAAGCACAUAUGAUAUGUAUGAUUGAUUAUCUGUUGUGUUUUGGAGUCAACUUUUGUACUUUAGAAAUGAGUCUAACUUUGUAUGAUUGUCAGUUGUUACAAAAUUUAACUGUUCAAAAAUAGUAUUUUUUAAAUUGUUGUUUUUUUGUUGUUUUUUACAACUCUCUCUGUUUGUCUGUCUGUCAGGUAAAAAUAUUUGUUCAAGCUGACAUUUUGCACAAUUAUUUAUUUUACAUGCCAACACAAGAAGCAAUUUUUAAAACAUUAGUUAAUUAACUAAUUAAUUAUUUUGUUUGGUAUAUUGAACAAGGGAAAGAAAUUUUACUUGACUGAGAAGAUGGUCUAAGUUGAACUAUUCUCCUUUAUGAUUUGUAGAAAGUUUGUAAAUAACUAUAAAGAAACUAUAAAUAAAACCUAUUUUCAUUAGCAGCUUCCUGGCACAGAGUUUACUGUAUCUGCUUGAGAAGCUGAAAAGGCCUUAGCACUCGAGUUCGAAUUCAGGUCGCUCACUUUUUUUAUAUAAAUGCAUUUAAAAUGCAAUCAACCAGAUACCCCCUUCUAUCUCCCCCCCCCCCCAUUUUUUCCUACUGAUCCAGACACGUGAUAGGAUCAAAUCGAAUUGAGAAAAAUAAAAGAGUUAAUAUUGCACUAAACAAAAACAUUUGAUAAAAAAUAAUUCUAAAGGCUGAGAUCUAUUAUUGUUAGUCUAGACUCUAGAUCUAGUACAAAUUUAAUUACAUGAAUGAUCUAAACUAAUUGAUACACUUAAUAUAAGCCUUCUUUUUAAAUAUUUUUAUUUUAUUUUGAUUGUUUCCUGCAGUUUCGUUCACAAAUGUGGCACCCAACUUAUAACGCGAUUAUGUGUUUGACAUUUCAUUGAUUAUUCACCUUGUAUAAAAAAAAAUCCACUGAAUUUGCGGCCACAAAUGAAGUAGUAUAUAUUCCUAACUGGGAGCUUUGUAUAUAAAACAUGAAAUGUCAUGCAUAUGUUGCCUAAUAGCACCCAUUUUUAUGCAAAGAAAAUGUAUAAUAAUACUGUUUGUAUAAUUAUAUACUUGUAUAUUUUCCUUUUUUUUACAAAUGAUUGUUAUAUAACAAGUUUUAAAUAUAUAAAUAUAGGUCCUAUAUAUA